AGGAUCACAUCCCAUAGGAAUUCUUCAACAGCUUGAAGUAUGGCCACUACCAGCCGUGAAUUAUCAGGACAAUGGGACCAUGUGAGGAAAGUGCUUGAAAGGCCAAGCCCUUUGGCACAUCCAGACUUUGAGCCAAAUACUGGAAUCCUUGAUUUUCUUCGUGAAACCUGCAAAGUUCUAGUGAUUGGAGCAGGAGGACUGGGCUGUGAACUUUUGAAAAACUUGGCACUGAUGGGCUUUUCUAAUAUUCAUGUGAUUGAUAUGGACACAGUUGAUAUAUCAAAUCUUAACCGACAGUUUCUCUUUCGUCAAUGUGAUAUUGGCAAGUCCAAAGCAAAUGUUGCUGCUGAAUUCAUCAACAAACGAAUUCCAUAUUGCACUGUCACACCUCACUUCCAACCAAUACAAGAUUAUGAUGCAGAUUUCUACAGUCAAUUUCACAUAGUUGUGUGUGGACUGGACUCGAUAGUAGCCCGAAGAUGGAUAAACGGCAUGCUUGUUUCACUCCUUCGCUAUGAAGAUGGGACACUUGAUCAGAGUACUGUCAUUCCCAUGAUUGAUGGAGGUACUGAAGCUUUCAAAGGUCAUGUGAACUACCCAUUAUGCACGAUAGCACACACUCCAAGACUACCGGAGCAUUGUAUUGAAUAUGUGAGGAUCCUUUUGUGGAAAAAAGAGAAUCCAUGGGGAGAAGAAACACUUAUUGAUGGGGAUGACCCUCAACAUUUAGCUUGGAUCUUUGAAAAGGCUCAAGAAAGAGCAUCUCAGUAUGGAAUCCAGGGAGUGACGUAUCGUCUGACACAGGGUGUGGUGAAACACAUCAUUCCAGCUGUUGCAUCCACGAAUGCUGUCAUUGCUGCCGCCAUGGCAACGGAAGUCUUCAAAGUCGCCACAUCCUGCUGCUCAACUCUCAAUAACUACAUGGUAUUUAACGACUCGGAAGGCAUCUACACGUAUACGUUUGAAGCCGAAAAAAAGGAUGAUUGUGUGGUAUGCAGUCAAGGAGGGAAGGAAUUGAAGACUAAACCCGACGAGACCCUGAUGGGAUUGCUUGAACUUUUUAAAAGUGCUUCGUACCAGAUGCAGAAUCCCGGUGUUCUUCUGAACCUUCCCGAUGGGAAAACGCGAACUCUUUACAUGUCUAGCAUCGCUUCCAUGGAGGAGAAGACGAGGCCUAAUCUGAAGAAGACCCUCAGUGAGUUGGGUGUGAAGCACGGGAGUGAACUCAUCAUCACAGAUGUCACGAGUCCCACAUCCAUUGUCUUCAAGACCAUUUUUAGCUCCUCUUGAUUUUUUUUUCAAUCUGUCUUGUGUAUCUCUCGGUCCCAUCCACUCGAUAACUUAUUGUCUAGUGUCUUGAGAUAGACUUAUGAUCGCUGAAAUGUGUGAUAUUUUCUCGUACGUGCAUGGAAGCCAUGACGGACCGGUACGAGUACCUGUACCUGUACCGGUGUGAAAAACUUGUAUGAUGUACCUUUUAUUUCAAGUGCAGCUGUCCGUGUCAUCUGCCAGAUGUUGGAUGUGCUCCAUCGUAAAGAACAACUUCGUCCUCGUGCAUCAGCAUUCUACAUGUCGUUCUCAAAUGCUUGUAGUGCCAUGUCUGAUUGCAUCUUGAAAAUUUUAUCUCCAGCCCUGAUGGAGAAAUAAGUGAAAUCGUCUCGGCCAGCAUUGCGAUGUGAAAGCCCAUUCUCGAGUUAUUCAGUUAUUCUUUCCCCAAAAAAGAGGCUCCUUUCCUGGUCCUUUGCUUUCCUCCUUUCCUUUCCUUUCGUGG